AUGCGAGAAAACACGCAACUCUCUACUUAUCGACGGGACCUUUGGCCGUCUAGGCAGGCCACAGCUGAGUCAUUCACGAGAUCUUCAUUCCAUCAAGCCGGGGAUCCUCGCGUGUUGGAGAAAUGGAUCCAGCACGGACUACGAGAACUCCCAACAGCCCUGUAUCCGUUAAGCAAAAACGAGUUAAAUACUCUUAAUGGUAAGAGAUAUCUGGUCACUCUGACUACUACGCCCCAUCAAGAGGUUCUCACAUUCUCGCGGCCUGUGUAUGACGAGACAGACCAGCCCGGCACGCGUGUCACCCAUCCUGACAUGGACCCACUGUUGCUGAGCGACUUCCCCUUCUACCGGCCCGAGAUGCCCAUGAUCUCCGAGCAGCUUGCCCAUCUCCGAUAG